AUGAAUCCACUAUACUGGAGUUUGUGUCUAUGGCUAUGGCUUAUGUGCACUGGUGUGGAAUGCUUGCCCAAAUUUAAUCUAAGCUCAAGAUACGAAGACGGUGAUGUAGUAACCCUCACCCUGAAUUACAUCCUUGAUGAAUCCGUCGGUGCUGAGAAUCAAGAUCAAGUGAAAGGCUGGUUAUCAUACGUCACGCAGAUGGCAAUGGUUGAUUUCCAAAACUACUUCCAAUUCACUCUUAAUAUUAGCUACACUAUCACAUACCUCGCGGACCAGGAUGAACUAAAAUCAAGGUUAAGCCCAUAUAAAGAACCCUCUCUUCGGCCGGAUGGAGUAAUAUCUACACUGGCUGAUUAUUUUAGCGACAAGGCCCAUUCUGAUAUUAUCUGCCUCGUAACAAAAAAAAAACUCAACGACGAGUUUGUUGUGAAAGAUGGAUAUGGUUAUUCUGACCAGCAACCUCUCUGUAAGGAUGGCUUACCAAUAUUGCUAGCUUACGCCCGCGGCCAUGAGGGAUACUCUUUCCACAUGCUGCUCAGACUUAUCCUGGAAAGCAUACACCUUGGUGAUGGUGGGCAUGUGUUUAACCUUCCAUCAGAUAAGCAUACAAAAGUGAUGGAAUUCUUAAGAACGUGCAAGCAUGGACGCGAAGACGGGUCAAUACCCAUAUCUCCAGGUGAACCACACCCUCCACCCAAACCACCCGCACCGCCGAGUGAGCCUGGAGAGCCAGUUCCGUCAGAAAAACCGCCCACUGGCCCCGAACCGCCAGAAGUUCCGGACGAGACCUCGCCAACACCGCCUCCACCUGGACCUCCACCUCCACCUGGACCUCUGCCUCCACCUGGACCUGCGCCUCAACCAGAACCUCCGGCGACAACUACAACUACAGAGACUCCACUUCCCGAUUACUGCUAA